AAAAAAAAACCUCGUCCCUGGAAAACAGUUUCCGCUCGCGAUUCACAGCCCCCAGUGUUGAAUAUUAUCCCAUUACUGUUGCAUUUGGUGACGACCAUGGCGCGCGGGCUGUAUCAAAGGCAUUUGUGCACGUAAAACCGCAGCGAGAGUGGAACAGUCGCGUGACUCGCCGACUUUGACAAGCCUCGCUCUCUCUGACGGUCGGGGGGCUGCCCCCUCAUCACAACAUCACCAGGGCGUUUCAGCCAGCCAGCCAGCCAGCCAGGCGAGCAACAUACACACCCUUCGGCUGUCGCAGUUAUCUCGAGAGGACAGCCGUUCCGUGCGUCGCAGACGACAUGCCACGUUGAGGUGACGAAAAUGAACAAACCCAAGAUGGCCUCAGAGAAGGGCGUUCCCAGCAACUCCAGAGCGCAGAUCCUGCUGGCCCAGCUGGAGAAGAUCACCGGCGACGGUAUGGUGAGGGAUCCCGAGACGGCUCGGCAGAUCACCUCCAAGCUCCUGCAUCUCAUCCAGACGCAGGAGAAAACGUCAAAGGAGAUGAUGUCCAAAGGCACCAGCGGCAUGGAAGUCAUCCUUUCUUCACUUGAGAACACUCGGGACAUCCAAACAAUCCUGAACAUCCUGUGCAUACUGAGUGAGCUGCUGACCUUGGGCAAAGGACGCAGGGUUGGGGUCUUUGUAUCGAAGGGAGGAACAGCAGUGUUACUCCGCAUUCUCAUCACUGCCAACAAAGAGUUUCACCCCAACGAGGAGCUCAUGUUGCAGGUUCACGCCUUACUGGCCAAGGUGGGCCCGAAAGACAGGAAGUUGGGCGUGAAGGCACGACUGACUGGCGCUCUGAACGUCACAAUAAACCUGGUCAAGAAGAACCUCCAAAACGUCAAGCUGCUCCUGCCCUGCUUGCAGGUUCUCAGGGUUUACUCAGCUAACAUGGUGAACGCCAUAUCCCUGGGUAAAAGCGGAGCGAUAGAGUUGAUGUUUAAGAUUGUGGCACCGUACAGCAAGAAGAACACGAGCCUGAUCAAGGUCGCCGUGGAUGCACUCGUUGCCCUCCUGAAAUCCAAGACAAACGCUCGGCGGGCAGUGGAGGGCAGCUAUGUGUCCACCCUGCUGGCGCUGUACUUGGACUGGCACCGCAACGACACGUGGCAUCGUCACACGGUGAUCCGUAAGGGGCUGCUGAGCUGCCUGCGCAACGUCACCAACAUCAAGCUGGGCAGGCGGGCGUUCACCAAGGCUGAUGGCAUGCGCAUUCUCUACAACUCUUCAAGUGAAUGUCUUUCUGUCCGCACCCUGGAUCCUCUUGUCAACGCCUCAAGCCUCAUCAUGAGGAAGUGCUUCCCCAAAAACCGCCUGCCUCUGCCGACCAUCAAGUCGGCCUUCCAUUACCAGCUGGAGCACGUGCUGGCUUCAGGGCCGGUCGCGCAACUCUACAGCCAACCCCCAGGAGGAAGAACUCAGGCUCAGGUCUGCAGCGAGCCCUUAAAGAAGGUGGACGACGUGGUGGAUGACAGCGACGAUAACGAGGACACGGAAGCAGACACCGAGAACGACACGGAGAACGAGGAAGAUGAGAAGGAUUGCCGCUCCCUGAAUGACGACAUUGAAAAGGAUUUAAACAAGCUGCACCCCCAAAAGAUCCCAAGCCGACCGUACGAAGAGUUAAGAGUCUAUGAGAGGUUUUUUGCGGAGCUGUCUGAAGACUUCCAGGGUUACAACUUUAACUCCCCCACUACAUCAUCUUCUCAACCCGCUCAGCCCAUCGUCGUGCCCGCAGCUCAGGCGCUGUCCGCGGAUCACGUUGCUGCGGCGACAGCUCAGAAUGUCGGCAAACCGUCUGCUCCCGAACCCACCAUUCCUCCUCUUCAGGUGGAUGCUACCCAGUUGGCCGAGGACUUCAGCAAAAAUGAGGAGCCACAUAAUCAAGCGGCGGAGCAGGAACAGUUACAAACCCCCGAAUAUGUCACCCUAAAUGCUGAUGAGACGGGAGUCAAACAAAAGGGAUCCCCCGUCGGUGCACCGAAGCCCACCCAGUCCCCUCUGCUUUUAGAGGGCAUCGCCAUUCGCUGUUUAGCAGCAGCAGGAGGAGGAACUGGAGGAGGAGGAUCAGACUGUGGCUCUGAGGGCGGCGAGGAUGAAGGCGGCGAAGGAUCCGUCCUGGAGGUGCCCGACACGGCUCAGCUUCUCCCGCUGCACGACCUGGACCUUUAUGUGGAAAUGGUCAAGGGGACAAAGUCUGUGCCGCACUACACCGAGGUGGCCUACCCGGACUACUUUGGACACGUCGCCCCCACCUAUCGGGAGCCCCUUUUGGAGAGGUUGUAUGGUGUACAGCGGUCUAAAAUAUUCCAGGAUAUCGAGAGGUUGAUUCACCCAAACGACAUCAUGGAUCGAGUUGUUUACGACCUCGACCUGCCCAGAUGUCCCGUGAUUGAAAGCGACGGCGAGACACUGAGGUUCAACUCAAAAUUUGAGUCUGGCAACCUCAGGAAGGCCAUCCAGAUCAGGAAGUACGAGUACGAUCUGAUUCUGAACUCAGACAUCAACAGCAACCACCACCACCAGUGGUUCUACUUCGAAGUGAGUGGCAUGCGUGUGGGAACCAUGUACCGCUUCAACAUCAUCAACUGCGAAAAGUCUAACAGCCAGUUCAACUACGGCAUGCAGGUCCUGAUGUACUCAGUCCAGGAGGCCAUCAGCGGCAGGCCUCGCUGGGUCAGAACAGGAUCAGACAUCUGUUACUAUAAGAACCAUUUUGCCAGGAGUUCCAUGGCAACCGGCGGUCAGAAAGGGAAGUCGUACUACACGAUGACCUUCAGCACCAGCUUCAGCCACAAGGAUGACGUGUGCUACUUUUCUUAUCACUACCCUUACACGUAUUCCUCUCUAAAGAUGCACCUGUCAAAGCUGGAAGCCAUGAAGGCGCCCGAGAUUUACCUGAGACAAGACGUCCUGUGCGAGACGCUCGGAGGAAACGGCUGCCCGCUCCUCACCAUCAGCGCCAUGCCAGAGUCCAACUCCAGCGAUCACAUCUGCCAGUUUCGAAACCGUCCAUUCAUCUUCCUGUCGGCCCGAGUGCACCCCGGGGAGACCAACGCCAGCUGGGUGAUGAAAGGCACACUGGAGUUCCUGAUGGGCGGCAGCCUGCUGGCGGCCACCCUGAGGGAGGCCUACAUCUUCAAGAUCGUGCCCAUGCUCAACCCUGACGGCGUCGUCAAUGGAAAUCAUCGUUGUUCUCUGAGCGGGGAAGAUCUGAAUCGGCAGUGGCAGAACCCCAAUCCUGAGCUGCACCCCACCAUCUACCACACCAAGAGCCUGUUGCAGUACCUGGCACAUACGCAACGAGCACCACUGGUGUUUUGCGACUUCCACGGCCAUUCCAGAAAGAAGAACGUCUUCAUGUACGGCUGCAGUCUGAAGGAAACCAUUUGGCAGUCCAACAUCAGCGCGCCGUCCAGCGACUUACAAGAGGAUCUGGCGUACAGGGCCCUUCCCAAGAUCCUCUCCCAGAUCGCGCCGGCCUUCAGCAUGGCCAGCUGCAGUUUCGUGGUGGAGCGCUCCAAGGAGUCGACGGCGCGCGUGGUGGUGUGGCGGGAGAUCGGCGUGCAGCGAAGCUACACCAUGGAGAGCACCGUCUGCGGGUGCGACCAGGGCAAAUAUAAGGGUUUUCAGAUUGGCACCAAAGAGCUGGAGGAGAUGGGAGCGCAGUUCUGCGUGGCGCUGCUCAGGCUCAAGAGGAUGACGGGGCUCCACAACCAUCAGCACCUGCUGGACCUGGAGAGCGACCUCAUCGGGACGCAGCCCAAAGCCGUCAGCAGCUGCCCCAGCACGUACGUGAUGGACGAAGAUGAACCGUCCUUCCUCGAGGCGGUGGAUUACAGCGCCGAGAGCAACGACGAGGACACCGAGGCGGACCUCGAGGCCGCCGCCUCCGCCGCCGACGAAGUCCCGGAGCGGCUGUCCGACGCCGAGAGCAACAAUCACCACGCUUGGAAAUCUGAGCCUGUCACCAGCAGCCAAUGACUGAUUUUUUUUUUUUAAUUAAUUUAUGUAUUUAUUGAUAUCUUUUGUUUUUGUUUUUAGCAGUUUCACUUCCCAAAGUAGUGAAGGUAACCACACUCGCAGCUUCCAUGAUGUACAGUGUACGUACAAAACCUUUUCGCUGUCUCCCUGUCAUUAAGGCUGAAUUUACACUGCAAGUGGCCAUUUCCCGAUUUACAUCCAUCGGUUUUCCGAGCCGCCGCUUAUCCUCACGAGGGUCGGGGGAGUGCUGGAGCCUGUCCCAGGUGUCAUCGGGCAGGCAAUUGAGGGGCUCCAAUGAAUGCAUGUUUUUGGGAUGUGGGAGGAAACCGCAGUGCCCCGAAGAAAAGCCACGUAGCCACGGGGAGAAAAUGCAAACUCCACACAGGCGGGGCCGGGAUUUCAACCCCGGCCGACGCUCUCGAGCUGCGUCCAUGUCAGCCGUAAUUAUUUUGCCGUGCUCAGGCAAAUGUGACCCACGCGGUGUAAAUUCAGCCUUGAAGGCAGCCGCCUGCCGUUUGCCGCGACACUUGAGAGCACCUGAACGCCGGCUCACCAAUUCCCCCCCCAUAAUGACGCCGGAGGGGGCGUUCGCAGGCCCCCCAGACUCCGUCCUCGGUCAAAAAGCCGAGCCACCUGCCUUCUCACGCUCACCCUGCACUUUAACUUGUUUACGUCCCACUUCCUGUCUUAACACGAGCUGCGGUCCAAUCCUCACGACGGAAAGAAACCUCAAGUGUCCCCCGUGUAGGAGGACACUUGACUACACUUGACCUCACAAGCAAGCGCCCCCCCCCCCCCCCCAAUCACCUUUAAGUGCAAUGCACAUACAGUGGAACCUCCAAAGCCGACUGCCUCUUAAGUCUGAAAAUUCAGACUUCCGCCCUCUAUUUCCAAAAUGCAGCUUGAAUAAGACAUCACUUUAUGUACAUUUUUUAAAAUCAAAAGUAGAAAAAAAAAAAGACCAACACAUUUUAUUCACUGGAAGAAAACUUUUCCCCACAUUUUUUAUAUAUGGUUUAAUUAUCAUUUUAAAGCCCAUUUUUAAACUAUAGUUUUCCUACAUUUAAGUCAUAACUUUUCAAAUCUGUAGUUUGUCGUCAUUUUUGAAGUAAUUGUUUCCGUCAUCAUUUGUAAUAACAUUUUGGUUAUUUUUUUUUCUUUUUUUUAGAAUUUUUAAAACAAUCAUGCACAUAAUUUUUGUCCCAAAAUUUCAAACCCUAUUUUCCAUCAUAAUUUGUAAAUAAUAAUUUCUAUUAUUCUGAUUGUCUGUUUAUAAUUUAAAAAUAUUUUUUGUAUAUAUUCAUGUAAUAAUUUUUAAAACAUUGCAUCUGUCUUCGUAUUUCAAAUCAUGCUUUUUUUAUGUCAUUUCUUCAAGUUACUUUUUUUCAUGUUUUGGUGAAUUAUUUUUGUCGUAAUACUUGAAGACAUUUGUGAAACUUUUUUUUUAGUAAUUAAAGUAAUUUUUAAUCAUUCAAAUCAUACUUAUUCAACAUUUUUCAGAUUUUUUUUGCUUUUUGUUUCAGUAGUUUGACUCCUAAAAAUUACUUUAAAAAUAUGUUUUUCAUCCGACCAUCCAUUUUCUUAGCCGCUUAUCCUCACAAGGGGCGUGGGAUGAAACUACUUUUACUUUAAAAAAAAAAGACAAAACACUUUUUUGCCACAUGUCAAUGUUCAACAAUUUGGUUUCGGUUUUUUUUUUUUGGGGGGUGGGGUCGAAACUACUGUGAAAGAGCAACAAAUUUGAGGUUCCACCUUUCAGGCUCCACAGCUUUGCCCUCGUGCCGUUGACCUCGCAAAAAUAAAACGUUUCUAUGAUGCAAAUGUUGAAUGUCCGCAAAGGCAAGAGUCACAAAUAUUGAGCACAAGCAGCACGGAACACACUCGUCACGUUUGUACCUUAAUA